ACUCGGGACCUCUCGCACCCUAAGCGAGAAUCAUGCCACUAGACCAAACACCCACGUUUCGGAGGUGAAAGUAAUUAAUUUUAGCUAUUGUUUUAUAAAGAGACGACCUUCUCCAUUCUCAUGACAAGGUUACUUUUGGCGACAAUGGCGCCUGUCGACUCGUCCUUAGACGUGAAACGUUCAGAAGAGAUUAAGGAGGCAGCUAAUCGUGCGUUUCAAGAGCACAAGUUCCUGCACGCCGUGGACCUCUACACGGACGCCAUCCAGCUCAAUGAGUCCAACGCCAUCCUCUGGGCCAACCGUGCGUUCGCCCACACCAAGAUCGAGGAGUAUGGCAGCGCCGUGGAGGACGCAGCUAAGGCCAUCGAGCUCAACCCGUCGUAUGUCAAGGGUUACUAUCGGAGAGGUACAGCACACCUGGCAAUGGGCAAGUUUAAGGACGCCCUUAAAGAUUUCAAACAGGCAGCAAAGAUCGCCCCAAGAGACCCAGACGCGCGCAAGAAGCUGAGGGAGUGUGAGAAGGCGGUGAGGGAGGAGGCAUUUCAGAAUGCCAUAGCCAGCCCGGACAGUGGGCCCGUGGGGUUCAGGGACUUUGGUGUCGAUGUCAGCAGCAUAGACGUGGAGGCGACGUACGACGGUCCGCGCAUGGAGGGUGAGGAAGUGACGCUGCCCUUUGUUCAAAAGAUGAUGGAUGCUUUCAAGAACCAGAAGAAGCUGCACAGAAGAUACGCGUACCAGAUCCUCUUUCAGAUUCGGGAGCAGCUGCGGGCGCUGCCGUCACUUGUGGACGUUCAAGUGCCCGACGGGCCAACACAUUACAGUCUGCGGAGACAUUCACGGGCAGACAUUCACGGGCAGUACUACGACCUGCUCAACAUCUUUGAGCUCAACGGCCUCCCUUCAGACACCAACCCGUACCUGUUCAACGGGGACUUUGUGGACCGGGGGAGCUUCUCAGUGGAGUGCAUCUUCACGCUCUUCGCUUCAAGUGCUCUACCCCACCGG